AUGACCCGAACAAUGACGACUUUGACGUGCGACUCGCCGUCGUCGAUCGCCGGCGCCUUCCGUCGACGAACGAUGGCCGCUGGCGACGCCUUGCUCCGCGAUCGCAGCAAGUCCGGCGACACGGGCGAUGGCGAUUCGCGGCGGCGGCAGUCGUACGCCGCUGGCGAUUUUGAGCUCAACGACUGGGAGGAGGAGCGACUCGACAUUGAAGGCUUUGUGGUACGUUUCAUUUUUCUUCUUCUGAUUAAAAAAAAAAUUAUCUUCCAAUUACAACGCUUAACUCUUUUUAUUUCCGUAAAGCUUGAAGCUGUUUCUUUUUGUAGGCGAGAAUAAAGCUCCUGCUCACAGAUAAUUAUUACUAUAACUUGUCAAGUUUGCUCAAAACUAUCGAUUUCUCAAUUGUACUCACUAUUGCGUAAGAGACAUGCAUCCGGGCUGUGUUGGGCCAACAUACGAUUGCGCGUCAAAUAUGUUGCGCUGUUCUUUAUUUGUUCAAUACCGACCUCUGGUUGAUCGAAAACUCAGGUCAUUCGGUGUAAUUUGGUAUUAUACAAUCCCUUAAAGGUUUUGAGAGAGAAAAAUCUCUAGAAAUAAUUUCAAAACGGCUUUUCAAGCUCAAAUGAACAGGUUUACUACAUGUAAAGAAUUUUUGACAAACUCUUCAAAAGUUGUCGACGGAAUUAAUGUUUUUCUUAUCUUCAAAGAAAGCUUUUUGAGUCGAAUAUCUCUUUCAGUCAGACUAUUUUGCGCACCGAGCCUUACAAGACGGCCUGGAAUGGUACGACGCUCCCGAACUUCCUUUUGGAGUUCAACCGGAACACCUCAUGAUGAGGUUUUUCUUUAAUUCAUGGUUCGAACCAUAGUUUUUUUUUAAAUUUCUAGGGAUAUAUGCGCUAUUUUCGAACGACGCAAUCGACACGAGUUCGAAUCUUUCGCCGAGCAACUUUUUUCGAUUCCCAAAUUGACGUUUUCUUUGUAUUCAGAGGUAUUUCGUGAGAAACACGCUUCAUUAAGUUUUAAUGAUUUUUUCAGGUCGUUCAAAUGAUUGGAUGGACCGGCGAUGAGUCCUGCGCCAUGAGUUACGGCCGUCUGGUGAGCAAGAUUUUUUUAAUAAUGAACAUCUUGCCUUGAAAAACCUUCAAGACAAAAAGCUAUCUGGCCAUUUUAAAUGAAAACAUUUUUAAAAAAAAGGAGUAAUUACCUGAGAUUUUAGAAAACUUUAUUUAUAGAUUGGACUCGAUCGAACUAAAUAUUUUUGCCCUACCGUCCAUAUUUGAUUCCUUCUUCAGAUCGGUUUGAUAUCUUUCGGCGGUUUGAUGGCGUCACGAAUGUUGGCUGCGAAUCACUCGGAACAAGUGCGAAAUAUGUCGCUUUACACGGCUCUUUUCAUCAAAUCGAGGAUCAAGACCUCCUGGAAAAAUGAUGAGCGGAGCUGGGUAAGGCAUUUUUUUCAAUAACAAAGUCGAUUAAAAAGGGCAUUUUUGUCUUGAAUCGUAUAAAUUCUAAGUCUUCGUAGAGACUAAAUAUUAUAAUGUAAAAAAAUGAGUAGAGAUUCGAUUUCCUUGUAACUGAGAUUGAGUUGCUUUUUAAUUUAAGUUUUCUCAUUUUUACGUGGCAUUGAAGUGACGUUUCCUUUUUUUCAAUUUUUUUGAAAUAUUCUUUUGAAAUAAAAAAACGUUCUUUUUUUGGAUGAGUUGAAAAAAAGAGAAUAAAAAAAGGAAAGUUUUUUUGUAUAGUGUUCAUUAUUGAUUCAUCUCCUCAUGAAUUCAAACUUUCUCAGAUAUAAAAUAAAAAUAAGCAAUAUCAUUCUCUGAAAGAAGUACUGUAAUUAGACGGAAUGCAAAUUAGAAAGAUAAGUGGCUUGACGCCUUCUAUUGUCUCAGCCGCCGCCCGUGUAUCCGAUAAUUAUAGGGUUUGGCUGUGGUGCAAGCCUCUAGUUGAUCCUCUCUUCUACACUUCCUCUCAAUCAGACGGAUUUCUUUUCAUGGCUGUUGUUAUCCUUGUUUUUAUAAAUUGGAGCGUGAUGUUCGGCAAGUGCGUUCUGAAUGAGUGGAUAGAUAUGAAUAUGUCGGAAAAAAAAAAAAAUCUUAAAAGAGGUUUUGAUCGAUCGCAAAAACUUUUGGGAUAACUUUGAAAGUCUAGUUUGGAUCCAUCUUACGUUAUAUGAAAUCUAGCAAAGUUUAUCAUUUUUUUAUAAACACGUUGUAAAAAUUUUUCGACGCCAGAAGGUUUUUUUGUUUUUUUGACUGAUACCAUCAGAAUUAAAAAUUUCAGCGUAAUUCCAAGAUUUGGAUUUUUUUGAAAAAAAUUACAAAUGUUGACGUCAUUCUUUUCACCUCGAAUUUGAAAUAUUUAUAUCAUAAAAAAAGCGCUAUUUUCAUCAUACUCAAGACCUCAUAAAAAAAGCUUAAAAACGUAUUUUUUGUUUGAAACGAGAUACGCGUCUGUCUGAUUCUCUACGGGCGUGGCUAUUUUAUAAAAUUUACCUGAUGCCAUUUUGAAAAAUCAUUGUUUUUUGACCACACCGUGGGUGAAAUCUCAACUUCCCUCUCUGCAGGCUGGUUUUAUGGCGCUGUCGGAGACGAUGAAAGCGCGGGACGACGUGUCGCGCCAGAAGAAACUGGACGAAGAGCAGCGCCGUGCCAGAAACAGGAGAUGGUCGAUGAUCGGUCUGGGGACCGUAGCGGCUGCCCUCGGCGUCGGUGUCGCCGUCGUUGGCGGACGCAUCCUUCUGAACCACAAAUGA